AUGACAAGGAAGAAGACCAGCUCUGGUUCCCAAGACCAAGAGGUCCAGCUGCCCAGCACCGACUCGGAGACCCAAACAGCCGCAGACAAAAGCGUGCCAGCGACCGGCAGCUCCACAGCACCCGCGGGGCAGCACGAAGAGCCCAGCAGCUCCUGCCUGUUCAGCGGGGAGAUGUACGACGAUGCUCGGUUCGAACCCUUGUUUAACGAACAGUACUGCCGGCGGAACCUGAAAGUUUCGCGUUCCGGUCGUUUUAAGGAGAAGCGGAAAAUGCGGGCUAGCCUUCCAGAGGACUACCAGGGCGAAACCGUUACGAGGCAAGACGACAAGCGAUGA